AAUAGUAUUAGAGUUCACAGGGUUCUGACACAGGCAACCUUUGACCAUAAUCCUUACCUGAGCAUUGGUUAUGUAUUUGUGAGGGAGCACGUAUCCCUUUUUGUAUUGUCAAACAUUAUCUACCAGCAACCAAGGAUCACGUGCGUGCUGAAAAUAGUGGAAUACCUCAAACCAUCUUAAUAAUGUCGGAGACGGAGGCAAUGCCUGUCGUUCAAUCUUCGUCGUCUUUGGACGAGAUAUUGCCCGAUUUUCCUCAAGGUCCGUUGGAUGAUUACCGAAAGAAAGCAUCCUUUAACUGGAAGCGUAUGAAGCUAUUGGUAGAAGGAGAAGAGGAGUUGAAAUUCAAGUACCAUGUGUGGAGAACGCUGGAAGCUGAUCCACUGUUCUCUCGAAGUUAUGAGCAAUUAACUAUAGACCAGGUGAGAGAGGUGACAUUCCUGAGAACCAAGAAGCUGUUUGAGUACAACUUCCUGCCUGUGGAUAGCAUGUAUGAGAACCCAGUCCUGGGAAUGACCCUGACAGAUGCCUUGACCAGUUACGACCCUGCCCUGUCUGCUAAAUAUUCCUUGAAUAUGCAGAUGUUUGCUGGUGCUGCUCAAAGAUCAGGGUCCAAAAGACACCAAGAGUUUAUAGAUAAAUGCCACAAUUUUGAGUAUUUUGGUUGUUUUGCCCUGACAGAGUUAAGUCAUGGAAGUAAUACAAAGGCCAUGAGGACCACUGCUCACUAUGAUCCCAAGACUAAGGAAUAUGUUUUCAACACCCCAGACUUUGAGGCCACAAAGAUCUGGGUGGGCAACAUGGGGAAGACUGCUACCCAUGCCAUAGUGUUUGCCCAGCUGUACACUCCAGAUGGCAAGUGCCAUGGUCUGCACUCAUUUAUAGUCCAGAUCCGUGACUCUAAGACAUUGCUGGCGAUGCCUGGAAUCAUGGUGGGAGAUAUGGGGGAGAAACUGGGACUUAAUGGUAUUGAUAAUGGUUUUCUUGCCUUUAACAAUGUGAGAGUACCUCGUGAGAAUUUACUAAACAGGACUGGAGAUGUCACCCCUUCUGGAGAAUAUGUGACCCCCUUUAAAGACCCAAACAAGCGUUUUGGUGCAGCCCUUGGUGCCUUGUCAAGUGGCCGUGUGGGUAUUGUAGGACUUUGCAAUGCUAACCUCAAACGCUGCAUACCAAUAGCUAUACGUUAUUCAGCUGUCAGGAGACAGUUUGGUCCACCAAACAGUAGUGAAGAAAUUCCAGUUUUAGAAUACCAGUUACAGCAAUGGCGACUUAUUCCCUUCCUGGCAGCAGCAUAUGCCAUAGAAAACUUCAGCAAGACAUUCUUUAUGGACUUUGUAGCUCUAACAAUGGGGAUGCUGAUGGGAGAUACAAGUGAAAGACAGGAUGAACUGGGCAGAGAGAUCCAUGCCAUGUCAUGUGCAGGCAAGCCUCUGGCAGGGUGGACGGCACAGGGGGCAGCACAGGAGUGCAGGGAGGCAUGCGGUGGACAUGGAUAUUUCAAAGUGAAUAGGCUGGGAGAGAUUAGAGAUGAUAAUGAUCCCAACUGUACCUAUGAAGGAGACAACAACGUCCUUCUACAGCAGACCAGCAACUACAUUCUUGGCAAACUACAAGCCAAGCAACAGAAAGGUACCCCCAUCUCCUCUCCACUGGAAAGUGUUAAUUUUAUAAAUGAUAUGGACAAAGUGUUACAGGCCAAGUUUACUGCUACUAGCAUGAGAGAAGUUUUAAAUCCAACAGUUUCCCUGGCAGCCUAUGAGUGGCUGGUGUGUUACCUGCUCCAGCAGAGUGCAGAGAAACUCCAGCAUGAGUUACAGAGUGGGAAGGACAGUUUUCAGGCCAGGAAUGACAGCCAGGUUUACUACUGCAGGACACUGGCCAUUGCUUAUAUCCAGCACAUAGUAUUGCAGAGGUUUUAUAAACAAGCCACAGAUGAUGAAACCCCCAAAGACCUGCAGCCUGUCCUGGGGAAAUUGGUCAGCUUGUAUGGCUUGUGGAGUUUAGAGAAACAUCUGGCUUCUUUAUAUGAAGGUGGUUACAUCACAGGUGGUGAACCAACCAGACUGAUCCGUGAGGCCAUUCUUCACCUGGUCACUGUCCUCAAGGAUGAGGCUGUGGCCCUGGCAGAUGUCAUAGCCCCCACUGACUUUGUGCUCAACUCCCCCAUAGGAUUGUCUGAUGGACAGAUUUACAAAAACCUCUAUGGUGCCAUGCUUCAGACCCCAAAUGUUCUGGAGAGACCAAGUUGGUGGGCAGAGUUCUGCAGUAACAAGCCUGUCCUUGGCUCGGGGAAGGCAAAGUUGUGAUUUUGUGUCUGCACAUGAACAACUGAAGUCCAAUCAUAGAAUGACUGCGGAAUAGGAUUUUUAAAAAUAAAAAUUAUAAUUGGAGAUGCUUGCAUCAUUUAAAAAUGAACAGGCUGUAAUGUUUGAAAAUGCGUGUAAUGAUUAGAAAUAUUGCAUUGGUGAAUGAAAAAUUAAUAUCUUUGUGGGAUUCCACAUAUUUGAGAUUCCAGAUAUUUGCUAUAAUACCAGUGUAAAUGUUUUAAAAAAUGGAAAUGAUGAAUAGCAUAAUAACAUUAGUGUCUCUGAACAUGUCUAGACUAAAGGCAGUCAGUCGUGAUAUUUUCUUCUCCAGUGCAUGUAUUGAUUGAAAAAGAAAAUUGCAUUUGUUAUGACAUGCAAAAAAAAUAUCACUGGGAGAAUGAAGGGGUACAGGCAUAGUGCACUGUAGGAUAUAUUGCCAGGAACUCUGUGGAUUUGAAAGAAAUUGCUAAAUGAUGACUGUUGUAAUUGAGGUUUGGUGGUGGUCCAUUUUGUCAUUGUAUAUGGCAACUUUUUCUUGAAAUUUCACCAAUAAACUAUUGUUCUGGAUUUAAUUUAUCUAUUUCAUCUUUAAAGCAAAGGUUAUAUAGAGGCACUAGUAAGACUUGAUUUAAUUGAAAAUGCCUAGACAGCCAGACUUUCUCGAGUCAUGAUGUUCUUUGGAUAAAAAAACGGGAGUUUCGGUAUAACUGGGUCAAGGUCUACCUGGAUAUUACAGUAGUGCAUUCCACACGCUAUAAGAUAAGCUUUCUAAAUAGUUUGUGUCAGAAAAAAAGUUAUUUAUGAGCCUAGAAUUCUGGGUGUUGCUGCAACGUAAUAGAGGAAAGGAAUUAUAUUGAUGUAGGUAGAGAAAACUUUCACCCUGGGUGAAAGCAGCCACAAAGCUAGCAGUAUAUAUAUAUCAUGGAGAAUUGAAAGUUCCGAUUUGAUUUUAUCCAAACUUCUUUUGAACUGAAGAUUGAUAUCAUUCCCACUUACUUAAUUUGAAAUGUAUUGUCAUUAGAUGGAAGAGAAGUCUUCUUUGGCAUUUAUAGAAGUUGGAAAAGUAGAUAAAUCUUUAUUUAGAAUGUUCAAUAAUAGUGGACGAUUGAUCAUAUUUUAGGUGAUUAAUUUGACCAGUGGAAUAAGUUAUAAACAUUAUGAACACUGUAAGUCCCAUCAACCGAGAUAAUCUAA